AUGGCGCUGAGCUUUGCGCUCAUCUUGUCAACGACAUUUGCGGCGAGCUUCCUGCUGUCUACCAUUGCGCAGCUCGUACAGACUACGGCCCUUACUCCACGCCAAUUGCGCCAUGGCCUCGCCGUCCUCGUCCAGCAGAACCUUGCAUACCACCAGGCCGAUUCCCAAAACACGAUUGCCACAUACGAGGCCAACCCAGAUGGAUGCUACAGCCUCAUUCGAGCUGGAAAGAUUAUCGAGAUGGUUGGCAUAGAAUACGGAACCGCCGAGCAGGAAGUUGUGCAGACGAUCAUGCAACUCGGCCAUGCUAGGGUGUCGGAUCUGCUGCAAGCAUUUGAGGGCAGAGAUGGACCGGGCAUCAAUGGCGACCAUGCGACCAACGGUCACGUUAACGGCAACAACUCUAAACCGAGGACCAAUGGGCACGCCCUGGCGCACUCGUCUCACGAGUUGCACGCCAUUCUGAGCAGGUUGAUUGCAGCAGAGAUCGUCGACCAAGUCGGUCCCAAAACAUUCAGGAACCCUGAAGAUGUCUACCGCGAAAUCGAGGACGAGGUCACUAAGACGGCCCCCGGCGAGCGAACGACGGCGCGGAACAAAGAACUCAUGCACCAAGAGGUUGCAAAGAGAUUGCGGGAAGCUCGCGAUGAGAGUAAAAAGUUGAAGCGACAAGUGGGACGAGGCGGCAUGUUUCCAACCAAGCGAAGAAAGCUUACGAAUGGCAACGGCAAACGACAGUCCUCGGACUGGGAUGACGAUGUUCCAGAGCUCGAGUCGCACAUUGUUCUCAGGGUUAAUACCGAAAAAUGCCUCGUCGAGCUGCGCAACCAACGACUUGCCCAGUAUGCGGCUGAUGCUUUUGGAGAAGUCACCGGCCAGGUGUACCACACCGCCUUGCGGCUCUUGACACAACAAAUACCUCGCUGUCAACUAGACCCAAGAAUCGACUCAGAUAUCAACGAUGGCGACGGCCCAGGCUCGAAUGUACGCCAGGUCACUGUGACCAGCAUGGAAAUUCUUGAAAACCUCGACGAGUCUGUCGAUGUAUCCCACGGGGUGGGCAAAGCCUCGGCAGACCAGAUAGACCUCAGAAGCGCUGAGAAAAUCAGAGCUACGCCGGCCCAACCAAUGUACGAUUCCGACGACUCUUUUGACGACAGCCCGCCUCUACAGAGGGCUUCUGCGCGCCCUCAAGAGAAUGGCGCAGGAGGCAGAGGUUCUGGUGACAGCGAGGACGACGAGCCGCGGACGGCUUCCGGGUCUCGAGAGGCAAGGGUCAAGUUCGAGGACGGACCUGCACCGGGCGCUAGUCGCAUGGAUCAUGUGCGACAGCAUCUGCUCCUCCUGGCGGAAAGCAGGCAAGGUUUCUUGCGGCAUUGUGGCGGCCAGGGUCGAGGUCAGUGGACCGUUGACUUCAAGCCAUUGAUCGACGGUUUCAAACAGACUGAGGUGGACGCCGUCAUCGAGCAGUCAUUCGGUCGGCAUGGACUCCGUCUGACUCGAAUAUUGCGAGAAAAGGGCAAAUUGGACGAGAAGAUGCUCCCUUCCCUUGCUCUCAUGAAGAAGGGAGAGGUUCAAGGCAAGAUGCUUGCCAUGCAAAUGGCAGGCUUCGUUGACGUCCAGGAGGUUCCCAGAGAUGCCAGUCGAACAGCAACCCGAACUAUGUUCUUUUGGUUCUUCGACAUUGAGAGGACUGAAGCUCAGCUUGUUGACGAUUUCUACAAGACCAUGCUUCGAUGUCUCCAGAACCUGGAGGUGCACCGGUAUCGAGAACGCAAUAUCCUGUCAUUCGUGGAAAGGAAUGACGUGAAGGGCAAGGAGGAGGAAGUCAUGACUGCGGAGCAUUACAAUAAGUACAGCAGAUACUUGGAGUUGCAGAGUAAGCUUCUCGGUCACGUCAUGAGGCUUGACGAUCUAGUGGCCGUCUUCAGGGAUUACUAG